AUGGCCAAGCUCACCGCCGCCGAGCGCGCCGCUCACGAGGAGGGGAACCUUCACAUGCUGCGCGCUACCAUCGAGCGCACUCUCUGGCAUCUUGAUCCGCACAGUGAAUUGGCCGCUCAUCUGCGAGAGACCACCAAAGAAAUCAGACGACAUACCCUAGCGGGCUUACUCCCAAAACCAAAACCAAAAUCACAGCAGAAAUCAUUACCUUACUCAAAACAAGAUGAGCCAGAAUUACCUCGUCUUUCUGCACCGCGGCAGCAAUCGCCAGCUCGUGAACCGCAAAAAGUCCUCACGAAUGAGGGCAGCAGAUAUCAGCUCCGCGAUAGGCAGGAUCACGUGCCGAUAAUCGAACUUAGCUCUGACGUAUCCUCGGAACUGUCAGACGAGCCCAUUUACGAUUUCGACCAUGCGCCCGACCAAGGCGAGAGCGCAUCGGCCAGCGACAUGAGCACCUUGGCAAAAGAACACCAGAAGCCAAGUCGAGAAUUACCAGUAGAAGAGACACCGGCCGAGGAGGAGACGCUGACUCAAGAAAUGCCGACGCAUGAGUCCAGAAAGCGACCUGCAGAGGAUGACGGCGAAGACGACGCGUCACCAGUCUCAAAACGCGUCAAGGGCUGGUUGACGCAUAUCACGGGCGGAUACAUUGCGUCGGCCCUCGGAGCUCGGUCUUGGCUGUCAGCACCGUCUGCUUACAUCUUCAUCUCCGGCCUCAACAACACUCGAGUCUCGAGGCAUCCAAAACUCGGCGCUCGACAGCUUAGUCCAAUAAGCGCAGGCCGAAUCCUGACUGCCAUGUCUAGUCCACUUGUUACUCGGCGUAACGGCAAGAAGCAAGCAUGCGAGCCUUGUCGGCGCAGAAAAGUGGCAUGCGACCACGGCUAUCCUGCAGCGACUCCCUCUCGAGCAAGGCGUUCUCAGCGACGAGUGUCCGAAGCAUCAGCCUUGAGCUCCGAGGUCGCGGCACCCGCAGCCCGACACAGGAAUUUUGGGCCCGAUGAUGGGUUAUGGAGUUCACCUGCUGCGAGGCCGCCACAAGGCUUCUUCGGGCCUACAAGCUUCCCGGCUGCGUACCAAGAGACUGAGGCUAGUUUGGCUGCGCAGGGACCCUCAGUGGCAGUCGUCGACGCCCCUUCUUCACCAACUAUUCCAGCUCCACCAUCGGUGGCCGAGAUACAGAGUAUUGUGGAUAUGGACCAAGGAGCAAGUCAACUUGCUGUCAGAGUACUCCAAGCCCUCCCCGAGAAACUAUCCAUGCAAAGAUCGAUGCCUAAAGCUAGCCUUGAUGAAGACUGGUUGGCUGGUAUUGGUGAUAGACUCCUAUCCAGUACCUGGGACACAUUCGGGUCUUGCCUCAGUGAUAGAGCAAACACAGCAAAGUUGCGCGAGAUGGGGAGUAGAAUAUGUAUAAACACACGGAAAACGCUCAAGGAGGACCAGGAUGACCCGACUACAUGGAUUCAAAGCUUCUCGGGAGAGAAUCUACGCUGGGAGACUGUUGGUGUCAUCUUCCUAUAUACAGCUCUAAGCGAGCUAUCAGCCACAUCGAAUGAAGAUUCGAAGAGGAUAAUUCGCCAGUGCACUGAGUACUGUGCUUCAUGCAUAACUCUGGCUAACAUGGGCGGGAGUUCUGGGACGCUUAUGCUGUUUCUGGUAUACAAGCGAUCCGUUCUUCAUUCAUGGAUGCAUGGCGAAACCAGUCUGCCAUACUGGAAGUUUCAUGCAGAGGCAGUUGCGAUGUUAACAUUCUCCGGACUCCACGAUACUCGGACCAAGUCAUCGACGCAUAUGUCAUCAGUACCGACCGAGAUCCGUAGGCGUAUAGGAUGUCAAGUCUUCGUGGUCGAUAAAUUCCUGGCCACCUUUGUUGGACGACCGCCUCUUCUUACGAGGAGAUUCUGCUCUAUAACGUUGCCACUUGACCUAGGAGAGUCAGCCUUGUUAUCAGAUAGAGAAACGUUCCAGAGGAGAUCUCAACUCCUUGAUCAGGACGGAUGGAAUGUAGAUGGUUGUAUCUACUCGGGCUCGCUUCUGCGUGUUCGCAUGAUGAUUGCGCUGGCAAGGGACGAGAUUCUUGAAGUGAUACUCGCUCAGGAUGGUGCUUACGGAAUUAUGGAAUUCAUGCAACUCAAAACUAAGCAACUUGAUCUUUAUGGGCAUCUUCCUCAGCACCUGAUCUGGAAUCCUACAGCAGAGGAGAUAAGCGAGAUAGACCUUGAAAUCGGUUAUCCAAAGCUAUUGAUAAGACUAGACCAUUUACUCAACAUGUUUCUCAUCCAGCGACUGUUUGUUAAAUACGGCCAUCCAAGAAACGAGCUUCUGCGCACCAGUUUCGAGAUGGUGGUUCUGACUCUGAAUUUCUGGGCUCAGAAGCACAUCUGGGCUGCUUUGCAGGGCAAAUGCCGAUGGAUAAUCAUGGGAUACGCAACCCUCGCUGGAGCUGUCUUGUGCAUGGAACUCAUAGACCCCGUCCCAGUUACAAUAUCAACUGAAGAAAGCAUCAUCGCUGGAGAGACAUAUUCUCGAUCAUCUAUUAUUCAACAACUCAGCCUGUUGUUGGGAUAUCUCAAGACUUCAUGUCCAUCACAAACACACUGUUCAGUUGCUCAUAAUGUGCGGGGUGUUAUCAAGAAGGUCCUUGAUCAUAUUCUGAAUAACUCAAGCGUUACUCAACCUGUAGCUGAGUUUGAGGGAAUGGACUUUGCGGGUAGUUGGGAUCAUUUUUCGUAUUUUAGUGCGUUGGAUAAUUUUGACUGGCUUAUGGAGGAGCGUGGGAUCGAGGAGGAGUCUGGCAUGCUCAUACCAUCUCAUACUUUCAACCUCUUUGAAAACAUGUCUCUACCCAAGACCUACAAAGCUGCAUCUUUUGAGGCGAGUGGCUCGAAGCUGGCCCUCAAGGAAGUCAAACUUGAACAACCUGGCCCAGGCUACAUCUUGGUCAAAGUCCUAGCCUGCGGCGUCUGCCACUCUGAUUCAUGGAUGCAGCAAGGUCGCUUUGGAGAUUUAUUUCCUCGCGUUCCUGGCCAUGAAGCCGUUGGGGAUGUUGUCGCUGUUGGAGAUGGAGUCAGCAGCUUCCAGAUUGGUGAACGUGUUGGUGGUGCCUGGCAUGGCGGCCACGAUGGAACAUGCCGCUCCUGUCAAACUGGAUCAUUCCAAUUGUGUGAUAACGGUGCUAUCAACGGCGUGACCAUGGAUGGUGGUUACGCUGAGUACGUCUUGCUUCACGCCGAAGCUGCCGUCCGAAUCCCCUCCGAUGCAGACCCCGCCGAAGUAGCUCCUCUCCUCUGCGCUGGAGUCACCGUCUUCAACGUCAUUCGUAGGAUCGGCGUCCUCCAAGGUGGUCUCAUCGCAGUCCAAGGCCUGGGAGGACUAGGUCAUCUGGCACUUCAGUAUGCCUCCAAGAUGGGAUACACCGUCGUUGCCAUGAGCGCCGGAAGCGAGAAAAAGGACUUUGCGAUGAAGUUAGGUGCUCAUCAUUACAUCGACUCCAGCAAAGAAGAUCCUAGUGAAGCUUUGCAGAAACUUGGAGGGGCUAACAUGAUCUUGUCAACGGCCCCAAAUGCAGAGGCAGUUAGUCCUCUCACAGGAGGUCUUGCGGCUCUCGGUAAGCUGGUCGUUCUCUCACCUCUUGGGCCUAUGGAGUUCAAUACGGUUCACAUGAUCAUGAAGAAUAUUAGCGUACACGGAUGGAACACGGGACAUCAGCAGGAUUCGGAGGAUGCUAUCGCGUUUGCGCAUACGCAUCGUAUCAAGUGUAUCGUUGAGAGGUUUGACUUUGCGACUCAGUACCGAGAGGCUUUUGAGAAGAUGGAGAGUGGAAAGAAAAGGGAGGAUCGCGAUGGUGCCAUCCAAAGCUGCGAGGCUCAGCUCCCCGCCGUAACCGAUGAAAGCAUCGUGCCAGAACAUGCCGACAUUUCUUCCCUUCUCGAGCAAUUGAAGACGGGAAAGAUAACAGCCGAGAAGCUGGUCUCUGUUACGAUUCGCAGAGCCAUCGCUUCACACAAAGAGACAAACUGCCUCAGCGAACCUCUUUUCGAAAGUGCACUAGAACGCGCAAAAUCUCUUGAUGAGUACUUCCAGAAACAUAAGCAGCUCAUUGGUCCUCUCCAUGGUAUUCCAGUGUCAGUAAAAGAUCAAUUCAACAUCGCUGGCCUCGACACCACGUUAGGCUAUGUCGGUCGCUCCUUCAAGCCCGCUCGCGACAAUGCAGUCAUGGUAACCAUUUUGGAAAAGCUAGGUGCAGUCAUCAUAACAAAAACCGUUAUCCCUCAGAGCAUCAUGUAUGGCGAGACUGAAAGUCCUCUCUGGGGAUUGACUACGUAUCCUGGAAGACCUGAGCUUUCACCGGGUGGUUCGUCUGGUGGAGAGGCUACGCUGAUGCGAAUGUCUGGAUCACUAGGGGGUUGGGCAACUGAUAUUGGAGGCUCGAUUCGUGUUCCGAGCCAUCUCUGCGGGCUGUUUGGACUGAAGCCUUCGUCUGGUCGGUUCUCAUACUCCGGUGCAGCAAAUUCUCAUGAGGGGCAGUCUCAUGUCCCUUCAUCAAUUGGUCCGAUGAGCCCAACGCUCUCUAACCUCAUCGCUUUGACCAAGGAAUGUCUGCUUGCAGAACCAUGGAAGCUCGACCCAAAUGUCGUCCCAAUUCCAUGGCGACAGGCCGAUUUUGAGGAUGUGCAGAAGCGUAAACUCACCAUCGGUAUCAUUCUUGACGACGGGGUCGUGCGACCUCAUCCAGAAAUUCAAGAAGCGGUCCGCCGUGCAGUGGCAAUCUUCGAAAAGGCAGGGCAUAAAGUCAUUCCGUGGAGUACAGCAGACCACUCGAGCUGCAUCGAGAUCCAGGAUCAGUUCUACCGUGCAGACGGUGGAGAGGAUAUCAAGACUGAAGUCGCUGUUGCAGGCGAGCCGAUGAUUGCCCACGUCGAAGCACUCGUCAACUCGUCCAAGCCUAUAUCAGUGUAUGAAUACUGGCAACUCAACCGCCGAAAGACGGCAGCGCAAGAGGCUUACAAUAAGAAAUGGACUACGACUGCUGGUCUAGAAGAUGGAGAAUGUGUCGACGUUAUAAUCGGUCCUGUGUCGCCUCAUACAGCUGUUCCGCAUAGGUCAAGCAGAUGGACUGGCUACGCCAAGAUAUGGAACUUUCUCGACUACACAGCUAUGUCGUUCCCUCUUGCAAAAUUUGGAAGCUCUGAGGAUGCAACAUCUUCUGAUAUAUACGUCGCUGUGGCUGAAGAAGCGCGCCGUAGUUAUCUACAUGAUUAUGCGCCGCGCAAUGCCAUUGAUGAGUGGAUACGCGGCCUCUAUGAUCCUGAAGCGAUGAAAGGACUUGACAUUGGAGUGCAGAUCAUUGGAAGGAGAUAUGAAGAGGAAAAGGUCUUGGGCGUAGCAUCAUUGUUAAAAAAGCUCAUCCGAGCUCCAUAG